AUAAAAAAACUCAACUUGUCCCUUUUUGUUAGAUAAAGAAAAGAUAAAGAUGGCUGCUUUUUCCCAUUUAUACCCCCUGCUGUGAUCUGGUUUCCCCUUUUCUUUGAAUUCUUGAUUUAAAGAGCUAGGGUUCUUGAUUUCUGGUAGAGAGAGAAAAAAAUUGCAGAUUUUUUUUGAUGUUCUUUGCAAUUGUUAUCAUCUCUUUUUGCUCUAAUGAGUAUACUGAAUUUGGCAUUCUGGGUUUGCUUCUUCUGUCCAUCUUUGGGCCUAAUUCAAAAGAGUUGCCAUUCAAGUGAUCAGCUGGCCUUGAAGGAAUUUACAGGAAACCUAACUAAUGGCUCUUCCAUUCUUUCAUCAUGGUCUGAUGAAUCCAAUUCCAGCUGCUGCAACUGGGAUGGCGUCGAAUGCGAAGAAGACGACGAAGAAGAAGAAGGGAGGAGGGUGAUCAAGUUGAAUCUAUCUGGGAAAAACCUGCAAGGGGUUGUUCCCAAAUCCCUUGAGAAUUUGGGACAUUUGAGGUUUCUUGAUCUCUCCCACAACCAUCUGGAGGGUGGGGUGCCCUUGGAUUUCUCCAAACUGGCCCAGCUUGAGGUUCUUGAUUUGAGCCACAACUCUUUCAGUGGACAGAUUCUAGGGUCACUCUCAAAGGGGCUGGAAAAACUCCACACAAUCAACAUCUCCAGCAAUUCAUUCACAGGAAACUCCAUUGAUGAUCUUCUUCAGCUCCCAUAUCUUCAUGUCCUCAACAUCAGCAACAAUUCUUUCUCUGGCUCUCUCACCUCACACAUUUCCAAUGUCUCCACAAAAAUAAGAACUUUGGAUUUCUCAAUGAACCAUUUCUCAGGUGAGCUUCCCCAGUCUCUAUACUCCAUCUCUUCAUUGGAGCGGUUUUCGGCCUCUGAGAAUAGCUUAUCCGGGCAGUUAAGCCAGGAGAUCAGCAAACUUUCCCAGAUGAAAUCAUUGGUUUUAUAUGGAAAUAGAUUCUCUGGUGGCAUUCCUGAUGUUUUUGGCAGUUUGAUGGGACUAGAGAUUUUGGUUCUGCAUUCAAACCUGUUCUCGGGGCGUUUGCCUCCCACACUGUCACUUUGCUCAAACUUGACAACACUUGAUGUUAGGAACAAUUCAUUGUUUGGUGGCAUUGAUCUUGACUUCACUGGUUUGCCUAAACUCUCCUUCCUCGACCUCGCGUCCAACAACUUUUCGGGCCCGCUCCCGGGAUCUCUCUCCGCUUGCGGGGCAUUGACGGUUUUGAGCCUUUCGAAGAACCGGUUGAACGGCUCGGUUCCCGAGAGCUACAAGAACCUCUCGUCCCUCGUGUUCCUCACAUUGUCCAAAAACCGGCUCGAGAAUCUCUCCCGGGCGUUUUCAGUUCUUCAGCACUGUCAAAGCCUUGCUGCUCUCAUCCUCACCAAGAACUUCGAAGGCGAAGAGAUCCCGAGACACGUGACCGGGUUCCGGAACCUGAUAAUCCUCGCCUUGGGGAACUCGAGGCUCCGCGGGGAGAUCCCGGUGUGGAUAAACAAUUGCCGGAAGCUACGGGCUCUCGACUUGUCUUGGAACCGUUUGGACGGUUAUAUCCCUUCUUGGAUCGGCAAAAUGGAGGAUUUGUUUUAUAUGGAUCUCUCGAACAAUUCGCUUUCAGGUGAAAUCCCGAAGAGCUUGACGACGCUAAAGAGCCUAACGGCUCCUAGCGGGAACUAUCAAUUUGAUUUCAACAUCACCAUCAAUGGCAUCCCGUUUAUCGUGAAGAGGAACUCGAGCCGAAGUGGCUUGCAAUACAACCGAGUCUCGGGGUUCCCUCCGUCUAUAUACUUGAGCAAUAACAGAAUCAACGGGGCGAUAUGGCCCGAGAUCGGGCGGUUGAAACAGCUCCACGUCUUGGAUUUGAGCGCGAACAACAUAAGCGGGCCCAUCCCCGACUCUAUCUCGGCCAUGUCGAAUCUAGAGGUCCUAGAUUUGUCCCAUAAUCAGCUACACGGGCCGAUACCCUCUUCGCUCGAGGAGCUAACAUUCUUGUCUAAGUUCAGCGUUGCCUAUAAUCACUUGACGGGCACCGUUCCGACCGGGGGCCAGUUCUUCAGCUUUCCACCCUCAAGCUUUGAAGGAAACUCAGGACUUCAUGCAAAUGUUACUAAUGACAUCCCUGCCCUUCCCGCCGUUUCAAGAAAAAGACUCGGGGAACGCGGAGUUCUCGGGAUUACUCUUAGCUUAGGAGUUGGAACUGCGGUGCUUCUUGUUCUUCUGCUGCUAAGAUUGCAUCGGAGAAGAGACCAUGGUCAUGUUGAGGACGAUGACCGGACGGAGGAAAUGAUGAGAUUGCCCUCCGAGGCGUCGAAAUUGGUCCUUUUUCGCGCCUCGGGUUGCAAGGACCUCACAGUCGUAGACUUGUUGAGUUCGACCAACAACUUCGACGAGUCGAACAUCAUCGGGUGCGGGGGGUUCGGCCUCGUCUACCUAGCCAACCUCCCGAACGGGACCAAAGCCGCAAUCAAGAGGCUCUCGGGGGAUGGCGGGGAAAUGGAGAGGGAGUUCCAAGCCGAAGUGGAAUCCCUCUCGAGGGCCCGCCACCCCAACCUCGUCCCCCUCCAAGGCUAUUGCCAACACGGGAACGACCGGCUCUUGAUAUACUCCUACAUGGCCAACGGCAGCUUGGACUACUGGCUCCACGAGAGCGUCGACGGUACAACAUUCUUAACAUGGGGUACAAGACUAAAGAUCGCCCGCGGGGCCGCCCGCGGACUGGCCUACCUGCACAACCCGGAACGGAACAUAAUCCACCGCGACAUAAAGACGAGCAACAUUCUCCUCGACGAAGCCUUCGAAGCCCACCUAGCGGAUUUCGGGCUCUCGAGGCUCUUACGAAGCCCGUACGACACGCACGUGACCACGGAUUUGGUCGGGACGCUCGGGUACAUCCCCCCGGAGUACAGCCACUCGAUGGUCGCCACGUUCCGGGGAGACGUUUACAGCUUCGGGGUCGUUCUUCUGGAGCUCCUCACCGGGAAGAGGCCCGUGGAGGUAUGCAAGGGGAAGAGUUGCAGAAACCUGGUUUCUUGGGUGCUGCACAUGAGAGGGGAGAAGCGGGAGGAGGAGAUUUUCGACACCAAGAUAUGGGGGGAUGAUAGCAGUAAAGGUCGCGAGAACGAACUCUCCCAGGCGUUGGAUAUAGCUUGUUUGUGUGUGGAUCAAGAACCAAGGGAAAGACCCACCAUUGAUUGUGUGGUUUCAUGGCUUGAAGCCAUUGGAACUGAUGAACACCAGAAACAGAGAUUAUGAUGAAUUUUCAUGCCUUUUUUUUGUUUUACCUUAUAAUGUACAGUUUCAGGUCAUCUUUUUUACUAGUGAUAUGUGAUGACAGAUGUAAAAACAGUAAAGAAACACACAUUAUUAUUAUAGGAAUCUGUUUCAAGAAACUGUGACAGUGUGA